AUGGUAAUAUCCCAAUCGGACCAAGUUAUUCACACACAGAUCCAUUUUAAGGCUGACAGGAAAGUGAUUCUUUGUUCGUUUGUUUAUGCAGAAAAUUCUUACCAAGCUAGACGUGUGCUAUGGGAGGACCUUUCUAAGCAUAAUAGUUUGGCGCGAGAUAAGCCGUGGCUAAUUCUUGGUGAUUUUAAUGUGGCUCUUAGUCUAGAUGACUGUUCUUCUGGUUCGUCUAGCCUUUCUAUUGGCAUGAGGGAUUUCUAUGAAUGUGUCAAGCAAUUGGAGGUUCUUGAUAUUCCUUGUCAUGGUAUGCAUUUCACUUGGAACCAGAAGCCGAGAGAGGGUAUUGGUGUCUUGAAAAAGCUAGAUCGGAUUAUGGGUAAUAUUCAUCUCCUUUCUUUAUUUCCGGAGGGUUUUGCUUUUUUUCACCCUCCUCGCAUUUCGGAUCAUACUCCUUGUGUUUUUAAAUCGUCUUCGGGUUUCCGUCCAAAGCCGAGACCUUUUAAAUUCCCGAACUUUAUAACGUCUAAACCGGAGUUUAUGCAAGCUGUUGUUAAGGAGUGGUCUAAUAAUGUUACGGGUCAUACCAUGUUUUCGGUUGUCAAGAAAAUGAAAAACCUCAAGCCAGUAUUUCGCAAGAUUCUUCAUAAGCAGGGUAUUCUUCAUGAACGAGUGUCUUCUCUUCGAAAGCAACUAGAUCAUCUUUUUUUUGGGUAA